GGUUGGUGUAGGUUUGUGUUGUUUUGCUCAGGGUAUGUUUGUCUGUUUGUUCGGUUUUCCCUUUUUGCCUGCUUGUCUCGCUCCAGUUGUUCUGUCAAUUAGUUGGGCUGUCUCUGUUGGUCUGCUGCUUCGACGAGAGACUGGGUUGACAAACCGGGGACUUUGCAAUUGCGUUUUAUUGUUUUCUUUCCUUUGUCCAUUUCCUUUUUUUUAGUUUUGAGUCUAGAAACCUACCAACAUCGAUCACAGUCUGUAGUGCUUUGUGGUGAUGGUGAACACGUCGAUGUCGACGACAGGAAUCGCGUCUCAGAUUUUGCGAGUUGAUCAUUAUCGUCCUCAGCAGGUGGCGUCUUCUUCGACUUCCAUGUCAUCGCAGUCGUCUUCGAAUGCCACGUCAUCCUCGAAUGCCAGGUCAUCAGAGUCGUCGACCUUCUCCGAAAGCGGUGGCGCUCCGAUGAUGGUUGCUGCGUAUGGAGAAGGGGAAAUGCUGCAUGCACUCGGGCGAGGAGGUGUGAAGGGGUCUGGACCGGGACCGGGAUGGCGAGAAGAUGUGAGUGUCGUCAGACUGAUCGGUGAACGUGGCGGUGGUAGUGGGGCAUCGUCCGCGUCCGCGGGAGUGGGGCAGGCGCAGGUUGAUGGACCGCCUGUCUUACGAGAUUUGGACCUGCGGGAGAAAUCGAUCGCAGAGGGAAUGGCAGCUGUUAUCUCUGCGUUGGUGGUUAAUCCGCUGGAUGUUGCUAAGGUUGGAAACACGUGAGCGCGAAGUGGCAGCUGGGUAUGACAUGGGCAGUUUUGGCGUGACGGCGCCUUGGUGAUGGGGUAGUGAUGAAGUAGA